GCCGUUCUUACGCAGACAUCCCGCAGUACCAUCUAUAACCCUCUACGCCCACCAGGUCAAUCGCCCUAACAUUUUACUGCCCACCUCCACUGUCUACUUGCACGCCCGCUCUUUCACGUCAAUACGAUCAUCUAUAAAACUAUCAACACGCGAAACACGAGCCAACGCGCAACAAGCUGGCGUGUUUGCUAGGCUUUUGGCUCGCUUUGACUCCACGGCCAAGUCGACUUUCUCCCCCUGUCUCACUUGGAUAGGGACCCGGCUCGUCUCAAGAGUUGAUCGCGCACCAGCAGUAAAAGAGCGCAACCACGGCGCCGAGCAAACAUGUCGAGCAUCGUUAGUGGACAGCAUUCUGGGUUUGGUACCGGUUCGGGCGCGGGAAGCGGCAAUUUUGAUCUCCUACGAAGGGCAACUCACGCCGUCAUGAGCUGCUACAACCCCACCAGGCUGCACACCAAAUCUCCAAACGCCAAGCAAGCUCAGGGCACAUCACAAAAAGGAAUAAAAAAAAAGUUCGGACAAUGGAAGCCGGUUGAUGCAGCCGGUUACAGCGCACUGGUCAAGAAUUCUCGGGAUCUUCGCUCCGGCUAAGAGCCACCAAAUGCAGCUGUUUUGCGUUGCCAGUCGCGCUGGGUCAGUGACCACCUACGCACACUAGCUCUGCAUUGGCUCUCGUGUCCUUUUCUUAGCAGCCUCCUACCCAAUACAUCACCUAGGUACAUCCCAAGGGACUUACCAAGACAAGAUGGGAAAAACAAGAGAAUACAACCCACCCACUACGCUCAUUGUACCGUACAUCCAACCGAGCGGCCGACCUGUCCAGCCUCGCACCAGUGGUGAUGGGGAUUUUGAGGGCAAAAUAAUCUCGAAACAGAUUCGCUCCAUCUUUGGCAGUAUCAACGUCAUCAUAGCCCCAGAAUUAAUGUCCACUGAUACCCCUCCGCCAUGGUGUGCCCCGGUCGAGUCAGCUUAGCGCACCCGAAGUUGGGUAGGCCCGUUUAGCUGUGUAUUAGCCUGGUUGGCACUGAUGGAGCUCUCUUCCCCGUCAGUGAUUUACUACUGUACGAGGCAAUGAGCAGCAGCUUGCCGUGGUUGCUUAGAAAAAAAGAAGACAAGCACACACCAGAUUCGGAUUGUUUUUUCUUCUCUUUUCAAGCCGUUACCGUCCGUCUUUGGUUGGGCGGUGCAUCCUUGCAUCAGUUUAGGGAGUUUGCCUAAUUGCCCGCUGCUGCCAUUUUCAGAGCUCCUUGGGAAUCAGGCCCGAACGAGUUGUUGGGUCCGUUGGAUGGCUGGCUUGGCUUGAAGGUACCAGUUACUUUGUUACUUUGCACACAGCCGUUUGAUUUCCCACAUGCCAUCAACGAACGGGCUGGCUUCCUUGCACCCCUCUUCUCAGAACAACCAACCAAGAAAGAAAAAAAAAACAAGACAACCAAAACUAUCAUGAACCC